CUCUCAGCAUGAGCAGCACAACUGGACCCGGCUGCUCCACCACCUCACUGGAUAUCUGAGGUUUCCUUCUGGAUCUUUACCUCAGACCUGAAACUCUGGAACAUGGGACUCUGUUAAAGUUUCCUCUGGGACCGACUCUUCAGGAACAUGUUGAUCAAAAAGAUUGAAGCCAGGGAGGCCUGUGAUUGGCUGCGAGCGGCCGGCUUCCCUCAGUAUGUGCAAUUAUUCAAAGACGGAAGGUUCCCCGUCGACAUGGAGUGGGCGAGGAGGGAUCACCGCUUCCUGGACGAGGACGCUCUGGAUUCGCUCUGCAGGAGAUUAAACACUUUGAACAAGUGUGUGGAGAUGAGGCUGGAGCCGCGCAGAUCCAAACACAGGGGAGUCGACCCUGAGGAGGAGGAUUUUUGCGCCAUCAGCCCGAACUGGACGUACGACAGACGGACACGCCGCUGGAGACGUCUCCACUCGUCUGUGGACGUCCUCCGUUUGACCGACGCCCCGACUCGACCCCGAGACGUGUCCCCGAGGGACGUCUGCUCUACGGACGACCAGGAGACCAGCAGGAGCUCCUCCCCCUGCUCGUCCAGCAACAAGACGCCGUCCCUGGACACGUCGUUCAGUGGACCCCCGUCCCCGAGCGGAGGAUCGUCCAGCGUGAGUCUGGAGACGGACGCCGGCCGCUCAGACAAACCGCCGAGGAAGACGAGCACCAGUCUGCUGAGGAAGAUGGAGAAGCUGAGGCCGAGGGGCGGGACCACCGCACCGCUGCCCCCUGCUGGUGACGGCGGGGGAAGCGACAGUGGAGGUCGGACUCGGCUCGUUAUCAGUGGACCAAUCCUAGACCAGAAGAGGGGGGAGGAGCCGAGGGGGGAGGGGCUUCACUGCACCAGGCUGCAGGUUCGACCCGACAGCCGGGCGUCGUCCUCGUCUCCUCACACCAGCAGCAGCAGCCAAUCAGAGAGCAGCAGCACCGUCAGCACCCCCAGCCCCGUCACCCGGGUCCGGAGCAACUGCAAACGCUCCAACAGCGGUGCCGGGACCACCUGGAGUGACCAGAACCUCACGGGGACAGAGAGCUUCAGGAACCAGAGGAACACCGGCGGCGGCCAUGACAGUCUGAUCUUCCAGAUGCCUGACGGACACAAACCCGGGACCUUCCCCACCUCCCUCGCACACAAACACGCCUCCUCCUCCUCCCCCGCCAUCGACCACACCUCCGUCAACUGGAGGACCGGCAGCUUCCACGGCUACCGGCCGCGAAACAUCAACCGCCACGGCACGUCCUCGCUGGCCAGCGGCCCCCGGGACCCCUCCUCUGUCCCCGGGGCCCCCGGGGCCCCCAGCCCUCUCGCCAUGCUGGACCACCGGCUGAGCGUCUACGACAACGUGCCAGACGACCAGCAGGUGGCGCCGGGCGGGGGGAGCAACAGGGACGUAGAACGGGGCGGAGAGUCGGACGUGACUCGUCUGUUGGCGGGCGAAGACGUCUUCUCGGCUCUGGACAGCGUUUUAGAGCGAAUCAACGAGCUCCAACAACUCGUCUCCUCGUGGUCGGAAGAUCUAUCAGAGGACGACUUUCAGAGAGGCUCCUCCUCCUCCUCCUCCUCCUCUUCAUCCUCCUCCUGUUCUUCCUCUUCUUCGUCGUCUUCCUCUUCUCACACCCAGGACUCACCUGUCCACUCCUCCUCAGCCGCCUCCCCCUGCCCGUCUUUCCAGAACCACAUCGACCUGGAGGUGAAGCAUCCAGAGGAGGAGGAGGAGGAGGAGGAAGAUGUGCAGAGAUGUGAGAAGGUUCUGGUGAACGGAGAAGAUCGAGAGACGAGAUCCUCACCACCGAGGAGCAGCAGAGUGAGUCGGCGGCUGCACUGGUCCAGCGAGCAGAGUCUGAUGCCCUCGCUGACCUCCAGCCCGGGGGUGGAGAACCAGUCCGUCUCCCAGUUCCUCCAACUGCAGAAGCACUCGCUGCUCAAGCUCACCGCUCUGAUGGACAAAUACUCCCCGUCCAGCAAACAGGGCUGGAACUGGACCGUUCCCAAACCGCCGAGGAAGACCAAGGCGUUGGAGGUGAAAGGUCGGCGGGUGUUCGGGGUUCCUCUGCUCCUCAGCGUGCAGCAGACUGGGCAGACGCUUCCUCCCAGUAUCCUCAGAGCGCUGGUCCACCUGAGGAGCAAGUGUCUGGACCAGGUCGGUCUGUUCCGGAAGUCGGGGGUGAAGUCUCGUAUCCAGUUCCUCCGCGAGCUGGUGGAAUCGAACCCUGACGGCGUCUCCUACGAUGGUCAGUCCGCCUUCGACGUGGCCGACAUGGUGAAGCAGUAUUUCCGAGACCUGCCUGAACCGAUCUUCACCAGCAAGCUGUGCGAGUCCUUCCUCCACAUCUACCAAUAUUUCCCCAAAGACCAGCAGCUGCUGGCGGCGCAGGCGGCCAUGUUGCUGCUUCCUGACGAGAACAGGGAGGCACUGAUGACGCUGCUCCUCUUCCUGCGGGACGUGGUGGCGAGCGUGGACGAGAACCAGAUGACUCCGACCAACAUCGCCGUCUGCCUGGCGCCGUCGCUCUUCCACCUGAACACGGUGAACAGAGACGCAGCCAGGUCGAGUCACAGGAAGUUCAGCCUCGGUCGCCCUGACCAGCGAGACCUGAGCGAGAACCUGGCGGCCACGCAGGCCCUGGCCGACAUGAUCACCGAGGCCCAGAGACUCCUCCAGAUUCCAGAGUUCUGGCCCAGUCGGUGUCAAAGUGCUGCCACAGAGGACGUCCCGUCUGAGGAGGAGAGGAGCACCCAGCGGCAGCACAUCACCCAGCACCUCCUGGAGGAGGCCGGGGAGAGGAGCCCAGGCUGGGAGAGCCACGCAGCUCCGGAGCAGGUGGAGCUCUCCUUCAAGAAGGUGGACGACGGCUGUCCUCUGUGGAUGUGGCGAGGCUCCGUGGAGGUGGAGGCUCCUCAGAAGGAGCUGCUCCACCGUCUGCUGAGGGAGCAGGAGCUGUGGGAGGGAAACCUGCUUCAGUCCUCCGUCGUCCACUCGACGUCCAAAGACACUGAAGUCUACCACUACGUCCUCCAGGGACAGGGCCUGGUCUCCCGGCCGCCUCAGGAGCAUCUGCUGCUCAGGACGUGGCAGGCCGACCCGUCCUCCGGGCCUCUGUACCUGUCCUCUGUGUCCACCGAGCACCCGGAGGUGCAGCUGCAGGGGAUUCGAGCUCACGUCCACUCCUGCCUCUACCUGCUGGAGCCGACAGGAGCCACAAAGACCCGGCUGACGCACCUCUGUCGGACCGACACCAGGGGGCGCUCUAACGAGUGGCACAGCCGAGUGAGUGGACACCUCCUGGCCACGGAGCUCCUCGCCCUCAGAGACUCGUUCCGAGGACACUUCAGGGAAACGAAGAUUUAAGUCAGGACGAGGACGUGGGAGGAUUUUAAGGAUUUUAAGGAUUUUUGCACUUCCCUGGGUCACUGCGCCCUCUAGAGGUGUUCUGGUUGAACUGCAGAGAAGGUGACCUCAGAGACGACUAGCGACCAGACCAUGGCAUCAAACCUACGAGCAGGACCACAGACUCACAGGACGUUCACAGACGUUCCUCGGACUUCGACCGACAACCGUUCGUCUCAGACGAGCGACAUCUACCUCUCGGGACUACACAACUUCCUCCGACUGUUUUACACAUUGAUAUUUAUUCUUGGAGAAUCCCCCCCGUCUCCGUAUUUGUACAUUUGUCUUAUUCCUCGCAGCACUUAAAGUUUUAUUUCACGUUUAAACUCUUGAACGAAAAAGAAAACGUCUGUGUGUCGGUUUAAUCCUUCGUCUUUCAGAUUAUUUAACUUAAUGUAAAUCUAAACACACAUUUCUUAAAUCCUGACAUGUUUAUUUAAGUUUCAACUUUCUGAAAAUCUUAUAAUGUUUGAGUGUGAACUCCUUAUUAAACUGUUUGUUUGUCUCUCGA